AUGUUGGAAGAAGACAGAGAGGCACUCCGUAGGAUGAAGGCUGAUUUUGAGGCCAUUGCGGAAUUAACGGAAAGUGAGUUCACGUCAAAUACCGGGUAUGCAAGGCGCAUGAAUCACUAUAGCACGGUCUACACAGCCGCAACACGGACCACGAAUGUACGAUCUUUUUCUGAUGCUUUUGGGUAUUACGUGGAUGAACUUCUCUAUACGGACUUUCAGGAGAUGCUGACACGCUACCUGUUGAAGUACUGCGAUUUGCAGGCUUCUUCGCAGGUGCACCUCUUUGGAAAAAUUUUGAAGCUGUGGGAUCAUUAUAAAGUGCUGAUGAAGUGGAACAUGGGGGCCUUUGCAUACCUUUCAAGGUUUUAUAUUGUCAACUGCGCAAAACCAUCGCUCCAGCAAGUGGCGUUGAACAUUUUUCUAGAACAAGUAGUGAAAAAGAAUGUGAAUGUAAUUAGUCGAGUAACACAAGAUCUUCUUUGCGCUGAAAGAAAUGGUGAAGCCGUGAAUCGUGACCAAAUCCGGGGUGCCAUUGAGUUACUUUCUUCUGUCAGUGGUGAAAAAAAAGAUGAGAUAUUUUUGGAGCCGUUUUUAAAGCCCUACGUGGCUCGGACAAGGGCUUAUUACGAGGGUCUUAUUGUUGAGUGGAGCAAGUCAAGUACCCCCUCCGAAUUGUUGCGGCAAAUAGAACAGGCUCACAAUGAAGAGAGGUCUCGCUGUACGUGUUACUUUUCUCCCGAGGACGGACAAAAAAUCAUGACAAACGUCGAGGAAGUACUAUUGGAGUCUCCGAUGACGAUGGAAAAACUUCUAAAGUCAGACAGUGGCUUCAUCACCGCGUUAAGGAGCCGUGAUGAGGAUCUUUUGAAGUUAUACUACAACCUGCUCUCCUGCCGUACCAAGAGUCUUGUGUACUUGUCCAAUCUGACAAGAGAUGAAAUUAUAGCUGAGGGCAAGGAGCGAUUAUUGCAGCAUGAUUUGCAGAAGGAAAUAGAGGUUCGAUCUUGUGUUGCGGAUAUGCUUCAGCUGCAAGAUGAUUUUAUGCAAUUACUUUCCCGCUGCUUUCAGGGUCAUGCCAUCAUGCUGAAGUCCGUGAGGGGAGGUCUUGAAAAGGCUUUCAGUGGCAGUGUUCAUGUGUCUAGGGGACCGCAGCGAUUGGUGCCUUUUAGUGAGUUGCUGGCGUGCUACGUCGAUGCUGUUAUCCAGGGAAAUGAGGGCGCUACUGUUGAGGAAGAAUUAGAAAGGGCCGUUGCAGCCCUUUCUUACGUGACUGACCGAGACACUUUUUUGGCGCAUUCGCGUGAACUAUUGGCGCAACGAAUUCUUUUUCCGCGUAAAAAGAUUGAUGAAGUCACAGAACGAUCUCUUAUUCAACGCGUUAGUCAGUGCUGCGGUGUGUCUAGUACGAGUUGUCUCGAGGGAAUGCUUUACGACGUGAAUAUCUCCGAAGGGUUUGGAGCCACAGAAAAGCUUGAGGCUGCUGGCGAGGCCCCCAGUUUCACUUUUAAUGUUCUAGUUUUAAAAAAGGGCAUCUGGCCACCACGGAUUCAAAGUGAGUCUUUUAUGCCUCCUCGCAUAAUCCAGCAGACGCUGCGUGCAUUUCAGCGGAUUUAUCUCGAAGGCACAACUGGACGCGUUCUCACCUGGUCAUACUCUAACAGUAACGGAGAUGUCCGUGCGGUGUUUAAGAAGGGCGUUAAGAUUCUCUCUAUGACUGGUCUCCAGUGCUGGGUGGUUUUGGCAUUCAAUGAUGUGAAGGAAUUGACCCUCAAUGAUUUGAUGAACCUGUUUGGUGUGUCCGUGGAGGACGCAAGACCUGUGCUGCUCCCAUUGCUGAAAUGUUCAAUACUCCGUGGAGAAUCCGGUGCCGCCACAAUUCAACCGCUGGAAAAGUUUUGUAUUAAUGAAAAUUUCUCAAGCAAGUGGAAAAAAGUGCGGGUGCCCAUGGCACCAUUUCGGCGUGAUGGUUUGCUUCAUAGUGAGGCGAUAGCGAAGGAAGUGGAAGAAGACAGGAGGCCUGCUAUCGAUGCCUGCUUGGUCCGAAUCAUGAAGAGCCGUCGUGUCUUGAGUCAUUCAAGUCUCUUGGAGGAAUGCCAGCAGAAACUCUCACACUUGUUUUCGGCUGACCCAAAGUUUAUCAAACAGCGAAUCGAAGAACUCAUACGAAAAGAGUACAUUGAGCGUGAUCAGAAUGAUCCUGGAGUAUACCAAUACACAGCGUAA